GACUCCGAUGGUAAUUGCACAGUCGCUUAACCUAGAAUUAUUUGUAUACAAUAACAGCUGCAGAGACGUAUUUUGGGUUUUGUUGUUCUUUAAUAAUUGGAAAAUUUAAGCUAAAACUAGUUGUUCUGGGUGAACUUGUGGCAUUAUCGUGAAACAACCGAAAAAAUGUCGAAACGAAAAUAUGACGAUAUUCUCACGGACGAGAAGAGUUGGUCAGCUGCGACGAGAGCAAAUGAGAAUCAGCAUACCCUCGAUUCUGAUGAGGAGGAUGAUGAGGUCAAGGAAGAUAAUUACAAUGUGAUGAAUCCCGACGACCUAGAGGGAACGGAGGAAGGGCCAAUGGCAGCUGAGACCAACGUUGGGUUCACAGCUUUCAACAUGAAGGAAGAACUGGAAGAGGGUCACUUUGAUAAGGACGGUCAUUAUCUCUGGAAUAAAGAAAAAGAGAUCAGGGAUAAUUGGCUGGAUAAUAUUGAUUGGAUUCAGAUUAAACCAACUCAAUCAGCAGAAGGGAAAAGCGAUAAGAAAAAUGAUGAAGAAAAUGGUCUGGCGGAUAGUGAUAGUGACGAAGAGUCAGAUGUGAUGUUCGACCCAAUUCCACUGUACAAACAGAUACUGGAAUACUUGAAACCUGGUGAGACGGUGUCAAAGGCGCUUUGCAGAUUAGGGAAAGGAAAGAAACAGAUCUCUUCUGCGGAAAGAUGGAGGAGAAAAAAAGCUGGAUUGAGUGAGACAGAUGAGAAUUCCGAUAAAAUUAUCAAACUCACGGAACUUGCUAAUGAGUUAUUAACAAGGACAGGGAAUAUGGAUAUUUACCAAGAGGCAUAUGAGCAGAUUAAAAGAAAGAUUGAUAAAUCCGGAAAACAGUCACACCCAUCGAAACAGGAAGCUGAAUUGGACAUGUACUCUGACGAUUUCGACACGAAAGAGAAAGAGAAAUUGGUGGAAACAAAUCAAGCUGGUACGUCAUCAAAAAUGGAUGAAGAAACAUCUGAACCAGUAGACACUGAAGUGACAUGGGAAUUGAAGUGGUCACUCGAGGAAAACAGUGAAGCUCAUGGUCCACACACCAGCCAACAGAUGCAUAAAUGGGCUAAAGAGGGUUAUUUCAAAAAUAGUGGCUGGGUCCGUCGCAAGGGACAACUCGGUUCAUUUUACAGUGCUGCGAGACUAGAUUUUGAACUCUACAUGAACUUCGGAACAGUCAGGGUAAAUUUUGGUGCAUUCCCUGAAACUGAUUCAAGAUAUAUUUAGGAUCUCUCGUUGAUG